UUCGCGCGCCAAUACAUCAUAUAUGCGCUGAGGAUGGCUGUGGAGUGAAAUUAAAGCGGAACUUUGCCAUUACCUAGUAACCAACAAGCAAUUUCGCGACGGUGUCAUCUGUGAUAAAAAAAAAAGCUCAACAAUCUUGGAUGAUAUGGCCUCCACACAAAUGGGAUUAAGUGAUGAAGAUGGUAGCCCAGAGGGUAGCAACGACUUGGCCUCAAACCAACACGUCAAAGGGGAAAGGUCAAGGCGUAUCUGGUCGGUUCGGGAGGAAGAAAUCCUAAUGGCAACGCUAAAGGAGUUGGCAGCGAACGGUUGGAAAUCCGAUAAUGGAUUCCGUAAUGGUUAUCUAGUUCGGGCGAGGGAGGCCAUUAAGCGUGAGUUUCCAAAUACAAAUAUAUUGCCACACCCACACAUCUACUCAAAGAUAACAACUUGGAAGAUGCACUAUGGUUCACUGAAGAUGAUGCUGAAUCACAGCGGUAUUGGGUUUAAUUCUGACGGCACAUAUGAAAUUGAAUGCGAUGAUGAGCAGUGGAUGCAAUUCGUGAAGAAAGACAGACAUGCGAAAUACAUGAGGAACAAAUUGUGGCCUCAAUUUGAGGACUGGAAGGAGAUAUUUGGAAUAGAUCGUGCCGAUGGAGAACGGGGAGUUGACGUUGGUGCUGCUGUUGGCCAAAUCUACGGUAAUAAGGAUGAGUUGCCAGGCGAGGAUGGUAUAUCCCAACACAUGACAGUAGAGGACUUGUUUCCAGAUGAGGUCUUCCCGACUGGGGUCCUACCUGAGAUGAUGGACGAGAGUCAGUCCGUUACCGAGGGCGGUGUGCCUGGGGCUGGUUCUGGUGCAGGAGUUGGGGCAGGGGGGGUCCCAGUAACUUCUGGAGACGCUGUAACUGGGUCUGGAUCAGGGGCAGGGAAGAAGAUGGUAAAGAAGGUUGUGAAGAAGCGCAAAGUAGACGACAAGAUGGAUGGAAUCCUAAGUCUCAUGGGUCAGAUACAUAGCGACACAAACGAGCGACUAAAAGAGAUUUCAUCAAGGAUUGGGUAUGAGUUCGAUCUUAGCACCAAGAGGUCCGAAGUGUUCGAGCAACUAAAAGGUAUUCCAGGCCUAUCUCUGAAAUUGCAGUUCUAUGUGUCGAAGCAGCUGGUGAAAGAACCCGAACUCAUGGACCUCUUUCGAGGAUUGCCGGAGACUGCACGGGCGGCUUUUGUGUUCGAUCUAUUGGAGACUGAUCGCAUGAUAUAACAAUCAAAGGCACACCAACAUUGUUGUUGUGGUUAUGUUUUGUCAAACUUAAGUUAGUAGCUCUGCUUUUUGGACUGUUCGAACUCAAUCUAUUUGAAUUGAGUCAACUAAUUUGACAUGUUAGGACUUAUUGAGUUGUGGAUGCAUUUACAUAUGGAGAUUGUAUAUGCUUCCCUGCAA